CCCCAGGGUUGUGGCCACGCGCAGCGGCGGCGGUUGUUCCGCUUCCCCUCUGGCCUGGGCCGUCGCCAUUGCCGAAGGCUCCCUACCCUCCCUUCCCGGCGCCCGCGGGGCUCGGCUGCCGCCCGGCCUAGCAAUAACAGCAGCUACGUUCCAGCGCGGUUCCUCUUCCCGCCCCGCUUCCCUUUCCCUCCCCUCCCCGCCCCGUGUCGCGCGCUUGCUCGGGGCGGCUCCUGAGCUCGCCGGGAGCUCGGCCGGAGGCUCCUCGCUGGGGCGGGGACCUUUCCUCGCUUGGGGCCAUAUCAUAAUUGUGAAUCAUGUCUGAUAACGGAGAACUGGAAGACAAGCCUCCAGCACCCCCCGUGCGAAUGAGCAGUACCAUUUUUAGCACUGGAGGCAAAGACCCUUUGUCAGCCAAUCACAGUUUAAAACCUUUGCCCUCUGUUCCAGAGGAAAAAAAGCCCAGGAAUAAAAUCAUCUCUAUAUUCUCAAGCACAGAGAAAGGAAGUAAGAAGAAAGAGAAGGAAAGACCAGAAAUUUCUCCUCCAUCUGAUUUUGAGCACACCAUCCAUGUUGGCUUUGAUGCUGUUACUGGAGAAUUCACUGGCAUGCCGGAACAGUGGGCUCGAUUAUUACAGACCUCCAAUAUCACCAAACUAGAGCAAAAGAAGAAUCCUCAGGCUGUGCUGGAUGUCUUAAAGUUCUAUGACUCCAACACAGUGAAGCAGAAAUACCUGAGCUUUACUCCUCCUGAGAAAGAUGGCUUCCCGUCUGGAACACCAGCACUGAAUACCAAGGGUUCGGAAACAGCAGUAGUAACAGAAGAAGACGAUGAUGAUGAAGAGACUCCUCCUCCUGUUAUUGCCCCACGACCAGAUCAUACAAAAUCAAUUUAUACACGGUCUGUAAUUGAUCCUAUUCCUACACCAGUUGGUGAUUCUAAUGUUGAUAGUGGUGCCAAGACUUCAGACAAACAGAAAAAGAAGGCCAAAAUGACAGAUGAAGAGAUUAUGGAGAAAUUAAGAACUAUUGUAAGCAUAGGUGAUCCUAAGAAAAAAUACACAAGAUAUGAAAAAAUUGGGCAAGGGGCUUCUGGCACAGUUUUCACUGCUACUGAUGUGGCAUUGGGACAAGAGGUUGCUAUUAAGCAGAUUAAUUUACAGAAACAGCCAAAGAAGGAAUUGAUCAUUAAUGAGAUUCUGGUGAUGAAAGAAUUAAAGAAUCCCAACAUAGUUAACUUCUUAGACAGUUACCUGGUGGGAGAUGAAUUGUUUGUGGUAAUGGAGUACCUUGCUGGGGGAUCACUUACUGAUGUUGUAACAGAGACCUGCAUGGAUGAAGCACAGAUUGCUGCUGUAUGCAGAGAGUGUUUACAGGCAUUGGAGUUUUUACAUGCUAAUCAAGUGAUCCACAGAGACAUCAAAAGUGACAAUGUGCUUUUGGGCAUGGAAGGAUCUGUUAAACUUACUGACUUUGGUUUCUGUGCCCAGAUCACCCCUGAGCAGAGCAAGCGAAGUACUAUGGUUGGAACGCCAUACUGGAUGGCACCAGAGGUGGUUACACGGAAAGCUUAUGGCCCUAAGGUUGACAUCUGGUCUCUGGGUAUUAUGGCUAUUGAGAUGGUAGAAGGAGAGCCUCCAUACCUCAAUGAAAAUCCUUUGAGGGCCUUGUACCUGAUAGCGACUAAUGGAACCCCAGAACUUCAAAACCCAGAGAAACUUUCCCCAAUAUUUCGGGAUUUCUUAAAUCGAUGUUUGGAGAUGGAUGUGGAGAAAAGGGGUUCAGCCAGAGAAUUGUUACAGCAUCCCUUCCUGAAACUGGCCAAACCAUUAUCCAGCUUGACACCACUGAUCAUGGCAGCUAAAGAAGCAAUGAAGAGUAACCGUUAACAUCAUUGCCGUGGCCUCAUAUUCUUUUUUCCAUUUUCUAAAAGAAGUCUUUUAAUAUAUGAAAAAUAUUAUUCUUUUGGGGUUUAAAGAAAUGGUCUAUAUAACAUGGAGGAAAAAAACAAGCUACUAUUUCCUGAAGACAACCAAGAAAAAAUUGCAAAACAGAAUGACAACUUUCUAUUGAAUCCCUUCUUUAGGGUCCAAAAGGAAUUGUGGACUGAAUCACUAGCCUUACGUCUUUCAGCAGAAAGCCCAUCAGGGCCAUUUAUCAUGCUUGAGAUUUGCAUUUUAUUUUGCUGACUUCAUUAUAAUAGAUCCCAUUCAUUGUCCCUUUUGGGGUAUUUUCAGUACUUGAAUGGCAGAUUUGAGUUUUGCAGAGUAUGUGUUUUAUCUGCUAGUCUUCUUUUCUCUCUUCUUCCUAACUUUCUUUUCCUUGACUUGCUCCUUUUGAGUUGCUUUGAGAAAUGUUUCUUAUGCCUAAAUUGGAGGCAAGUGUGAUAGAAAUUUUGUAGCUCCUUAUAUUGGCAAAGGAGUUCAAUAUGGUUUAACUUUGUAUAGAAGUUAGAACCAGCUAUUGUUACAUGUAAUAUUUCAGUUCAGAAUUUGAACUGAAGGAAGGGAAGAAAAGUAUGUGAUUUUUACCUUUUUUAACAAAUGUGAAAGAACCAGUUUUAAAAAUUUCAUAAUAGUGAGUUGUUUGGCAUUUGUUACAUGUAUAGAGAGAAGACUAAUAAUCUAUAUUUAUAACUAAAUCAUUGAAACAGAAAAAGAAUCCCAUUGACUCUACUUUCUUACACUUUCGUUUUUCUUUCUAUGUCCUCUUCAGAUUUGGCUUCAGGACUUUGGUUUGUGCCGCUACUUUCCCCUUCCCUCUUUUUUUCCCUUCAUUUUGGAAAUAAGUUUCUGUAUAUGUUGUAAUUUUAGCUAGUUUGUUUUUUAAUUAACCCUUUCUCACCCUACUCCUUCCCCCCCCUUCCCAUGGUAAAUAAUAUAAUAACCAUUGAAUUUUCAGAAUUUAAAAGUUAACCUUUUUUUUUUUUCCAUUUAAAGGUAAAAAAUAUUUGGAGCUAGCAGAGACAAAGUGAGAGGCUUGAACCUUGGUGAGCUCUAAAAUAGAUAAGAUUAUAUUCAUGAAAGAGAAAUGUCAGUUACUUAGAGAUGCAGCUUCUGACCAGUAAACUGUAGAGAUUUGUUAUAAACAUUGUUCCCAGCCCAUUACCAACAUUUUUACUGUCUGUGAGAACUUAAAUGACAAAGUACUUCUUGGUAAAUUCAUGGGUCGUUUGAGAUGUUGAGUUACUUUAGAUUUUUUUCAAAUAAGUAAAUAAUAUUCAUGUAAAAAACUGGAGAAAGAGUAAUGAAAUGUGCUUGUUGAUAGCAAUACAUUUUUUAUUUUAAAGAUUUAAAAAAGGUCUGUGACCUGUAGCAUUAAUUAUUAGAGUGCCCUCUCUUCUCCCUUCCCCUCCUCUCCUCUUCUUCUCUCAUCAUUUUAAUUGUUUGGCUUUUGGAGGCAGUAUUGUCCCUUCUGACAUGCCAAGAGCCACAUGAAAGAGAAAAAUAUGUGCUUUGGUUCUGGCUUUUUGUUCCCACCAUUCGCUCCUAAUUGACUUCACACCUACUUGCCAUCCUGCAAUAGUACAAAUCAUGCAUAAAAAUAAUUUUGAUGUUUUGGAGUACAUUAGGAGAACUUAAUAUGAGUUUUAUUUCCUAUCAUUCCCAUCAUGUCUGUGUUAAGAUACAGGUAUAAGGAUAGAAAUGGCUGGUGGGGUUUGUUUGUUUUUUUUAAUUGGUAAUGCAGGAAGGUUUUCACGAAAAUAAGUAAGAUAAUUAGUGAAACUUGUAUCUAGAGCACUUAAUAGUCUCUGUUUUCAAUUUGAUUCUUGAUUUCAUUUUUCUCUGGAUUAUAUUGGCCUUCUACAGCUAUUACUAAAUUACUUUACAGAAAUAAGCUGGUUUAUUUCUGGUGGAAAGCUACAGUGUCUCUUGAGUUCCAGAUUUGAACAUUCUUUGUAAAUAGUUGUCUGGAUGGAUUAUGAUAAAGAAGAUGCUACCAAUGAAAUAGAAAACCAACUAGAUGGUAUAAGACUGUGAUCCUCAUGACCACUCUAGAAGGCACUUCCAUGCGUAAGUCAUAAAGGCCAUAUUCACUGAAUGCAGUGCCAAUGCCCCAUUUUUAUGCCUGUGACUCAACAAAGGUCUUUUCAGUUUAUAGAAGCAGUUUGGGGUUUGUAUUUACAACUUCCUUGAUGGUUACCUGCAUGUCCAUUGCUGGCAACGGACUUUGUCAUUAAAACCUGACUCCUAGGUUAAGGGAGCUAUGCUGUGGUUUAUUCUUUACUUACUUGGAUAAACUAACUUGUAAUAGCAAUGUACUUUGGUUAAUUCUGAAAUGUGUCAAUUAUUGAAUAAUCUUAAUCUUAAAAGCAAUACAGAAUUGUGAUUUAUUAAUUUUAAAUUAAAAUGUUCACAUGUUGUUGCAAGAAAAAUUAUAUCUGAAUCAAGAUUCAUGGUUUUUUUUUUAAUAACUGCCUUUUGUAUUUACCUUUUUGUCAUUACUUUAGAAUGAAAAUUCCCAUUUAAAUCUAAAAAUUACCUUAGUAGUCCUCUUUUGUUAUUAAGACAAUAUUACUGUAGUAUUUAUUAUAUUUCAGACUCUCUGGCAGUCUAAAAGUUUCCUUCUCCUCUUGUUCCUUUUGCUGCUUUUAGGGACAGUUAAAACUGGGAAACCAUGAAAAUAUUGAAUAUUUCAUCCUACAUAGAAUAGUAAACAAGUAGAGUGAUUGUGCUAGCAUAAGAAACUAAGGCUAACACAACUCUGUUUUCAUGUGUUGAGUGCCUGGCACACAGUACAAAUUCUCUUCUCAACAUAUAAAUAUUAAGCUGCUUAAAAUGUAUCUAGUUACCACCAGUCCUAAAUCACCUGUGCCUUUAAUAAGCAAUUUAAAACUACCUAUGAGUAUUUCUUUGUAGGGCUCACAUAAAUACAUGUUUGUUUAUACAUACACCGUAUUCUAGCCAGAAUAAUUUUAGAUCUGAUCAGGCAGUAGUUAUAAUUAGAAAAAAAAAAAAAAUGGGUGCUUAAAUUUGCAUCAGUUUUUUAAUCUAAAAGUUUUAAAAUGUACUGAGAUCCAUAUCCAGUGAAAUGUCAAAAAAUCAUUAUGGAAUAUAGCUAAAAUCCAGAUUAAGAUUCUUUUGGGGUUUUUUUUAGUGAAAUUAUAGUAAUAUAAAAAGCAGAUUGUCUUCCUUGUCUCAACUGCUCCCACAAUAAACAACUAAAAUCAGUUUUUCCACAGUGUGUGUAUAUGAGUAUGUGUAAUAAAGGUGGAAAAAAUACACACACACAGAGAUUUUAUUUCUCACUAACACAUUUAUUGACCACUUUGACAAAGACACUGUGGUAGAUAUUGUGGGAAUUACAAAGGAGAACCAAGCACUGGCCUGGCCUUGAGAGAACUGAAGUCUUUCUCAUUCACCAUUCUAGAAUGUUGCCAAAUGAGAGAGAAAGAAAUGUAUGAUAAUUCUGUCAAACAUCUUUGGUAGGAAUGUCUUGUGUUUUUUUUGUUUGUUUUGUUUUGUUUUUGUUUUUGUUAGAUAGAAAUGGAACUAAGUGAAAGUAACUUGUCUUUUCUGUUUUGUCUUCAAAUUUUAUAUUGACUUUUAUUUUUAAUUUAAUCCCAUUCAGUUAUUUAAUUGUUACAUUGACAUUAACUGCUGUAUUUGAUGACCUUGUUCAAUAAUUUUGUUCUUUCAGGGCUAGAAAUAAACUUUUUUAAAUGUUCA